UCACUUUCCGAAACAUAUCGGAACCAAGGGUUGCUGCAUUUCGGGCAUUUGAACGGUGCGUCGCGUGUGUGUGCUGUGCAAUUGGCGGACGAGAGCGCGUGUGUCCUCAGCGUACUGUCGUUUAUUGUCCCUCGGGUCCCGGUGUGCAGGAAUUUCCGGUGCCAAGCUCGGCGGGUUUCUGUGUUCGUCCCCAGUCGUGUAUUGAGAGCAGUGUGUGAUCGCGAUCGUGAAAAGUGUGCAAAUCUCCCAACAACCGGAAAGUGAGUUCCUGCGUGUCCAUCUCCGCCACUAGAAGCCUUUCGCCCCGGUGUCCAUCUUAGUUUCAUUGGCCAUCUUGCUGCCGCCUGGAUAACGUCGCUUGUGCGCGGCCUAGAAUAAUUCAUCGCAGAUCCGCCGACCAGCAAACAGACAGACAAAAAAACUUCAGAAUGACUGAAACCACCGAAGCACCAGUCGCGGCACAGACCGCCGAAACCAAGACGCCGUCGCCGUCGACCGAAACGGCGGUCGUAACGCCGGCAGAGAAUGGACACGCCGACGGAGACGCCAAGGGAGCCACAGUGGUCGCCACGGAAGCCACCGAAGAGGACCAGACCAACGGGGGCGCAACGGCCGACGAGAAGGCGAAGGCCGACGAGAAGAAGGAGGACCCACCGAAGGAGAUGCGCGCCGUCGUGCUGACCGGUUUCGGUGGCUUCAAGAACGUGAAGAUCCUGAAGAAGCCCGAACCGGCCCCGCAGGCCGGCGAGGUUCUGAUCCGCGUCAAAGCAUGUGGACUGAACUUCCAGGACUUGAUGGUCCGUCUCGGGGCAAUCGAUUCGCCGCCGAAAACUCCAACCAUCCUCGGAUUCGAGUGUGCCGGCGAGAUCGAAGCAGUCGGCGAGGAGGUCGAAGGAUUCAAGGUUGGAGACCGCGUGGUGGCGCUGCCGGAAUUCCGUGCCUGGUCGGAGCUGGUGGCCGUCCCGACCAAGUACGUCUACCACAUUCCGGAGGAGAUGACAUUCCAGGACGCGGCGGCCAUCGUGAUGAACUAUCUGGUCGCCUACAUUCUCAUCUUCGAUCUGGUCUCGUUGCGCGAGGGCAAGUCCCUGCUGCUUCACUCGGUCGGCGGUGGUGUGGGUCAAGCCAUCGUGCAGCUGGUGCGCACCGUGCCGAAUGUAACCAUUUUCGGUGUUUGCUCAAAGUCGAAACAUGAAGCCCUGGCCGCCACCGGUUUGAUUGACCAUCUGAUCGAUCGCACGGACUAUGUCAACGAGGUCCGGAAAAUCACUACCGAAGGUGUCGACAUCGUGAUGGAUUGCCUGUGCGGUGAGGAGUGCAACCGUGGCUACGGAUUGCUGAAGCCGAUGGGCAAGUACAUCCUGUACGGCUCGUCGAACGUGGUUACGGGUGAAACGAAGAGCUUCUUCAGUGUGGCCCGUUCGUGGUGGCAGGUCGAUAAGGUUUCCCCGAUCAAGCUGUUCGAGGAGAACAAGAGUUUGGCCGGCUUCAAUCUGCGUCACCUGCUGUACCAGCAGGAUGGUACCGAGUACGUUCGCGCGACGGUCGACAAGAUCUUUGGCCUGUGGCAGGACGGUAAGAUCAAGCCGGUGGUCGACUCGGCCUGGGCGCUGGAGGAUGUGGCCGAAGCCAUGCAGAAGAUGCACGACCGUAAGAACAUCGGCAAGCUGGUGCUGGAUCCGUCGCUGGAACCGAAACCGAAACCGGCCACACCGGCCAAGAGCAAAUCGAAGAAGCAGGCCAGCGAAGACAAGGCCGGCAAGAAGGACAAGGAUGAUGAGAAGAAGGGUGCCGAAAAUGGCGGAGGCGGUGAUGAGAAGAAGGACGAAGACGGUGCGGCCGAGGAGGCGAAGACGAACGGCGAGGAAGCGGCCGAGGUGAACGGCGAGGGUGGCGAUAAGAAGGAGGAACCGGCCGCCGCCACCAACGGGGAAGCCACGGAAAGUGAAAAAAAGGAAUCGAGUUGAACGGCCGAAGAUGGCAGCAGCAGCAGCAGCAGCAGCGGCAGCAAUAGCACGCAUUAGUUAGCGCUGCAAGCACAACUUCCCUGCAACAUUAUUGAACUAUUUUACUACAUUUUACUUUCACCGAUAAUGCUUUUGUGAGAAGCAAAACGAUAAAAAACGGACACACACACACACAAGAUACACACAUCGUAUCAACAUCUAAAAACGGAUACACGCAUAAUAUGAUGGAGAGUGGAAAUGUGGAAAGCAGUGCCGUCGAAUCGUCUCCCAGCCUGUCACGGAGCAGUACGAAGCAGUACGAAGCAGAACUAUAUUAUAAAUAUAUACAUAUAAAGGCAAAAAGCAUACAAAGUCAUACACACACACACAGCAACAACUAUUACUAAUUACUACCGCAUCGCUAGCUACAGCUGCUACUUUACUACAAAAUACGCCAGAUAGAGAAACAUACAGGGCAGCAGCGUGAGAACACAUAAUCACAGUGGAGUGGUGCUGAAAUGGUAGCAAACAAAAGGACGGACAACGUGUGAAUGUUGUGCAACGGAUGCGAUAUCGCACCGUCAGAAUCGCGGAAAGGCUUUAGCAAAGCAAAAGUUGAUAUUGCUGUGAGCAAUGAGGGAACAUCACGCCACCACCGGGGACCGGGAAGAAGGGACCCCUGGGCACAAACACAGAGAGAAGGUAGAUGGAGAAGAAAACAAUCAAACAGAGAGGCAGAAAGUGUGCUAUCCCGCGGAGGAUGUCAAACAACUAAUUUUCCAAAUAUCCACUGGCACUAAAUCUACUCUCCCACACUCGCACCCACCGCGGGGGUGGUUGCGUGUGGGCGAGUGAUCUCAUGAUCUUCACGGUCAAGCUCCGCAAUGAUCAUCAUCACACACAGAAGAGUCUAACUAUGUUCCAAUGGCUACUAGUAUCGAAAGAGCUACACUCAUCAUCAAGAUUUCAACAGAUCCCUUCAUCGCAAACUCGAUUAAUCCAAGCACCGCGGUGCACACAGUGUCGGAGCAUAUUACUCUACACGUAACCAGCAUUAUCAUUCUUUGCCCUUUCCAACACGGAUCGGAUCGGUAUCGACACACGAACAAAUCAUGUACCAUCUCCCACGGCACGGAAAGGAUAUGCGCCAAGAAGUAGCAGUAGAGAAAAGGAUACACAAGUGCGGCGCGGCAGUCAGUGGACAGGAUAAUUCUUCCUUUUUUUAAUAUGUGUCAUUUUUAUGUAAUAUUUAAAUACUAAUUGUAAUAUUUCUUCAUUUUUUGUGUCCACAAUUACUCCCCUUUUCGAGAUGAAAUUUUUUAGGUAAAUAUGACGGCGCAAAACCAGGGUCGUAAUCGUAAUCAAAGUGAGCUUUGUUUUUCUGUGCGCCCGGAUUUUCGGAUCAGCGGAUCCACCAGAGAAACAUAUGUAGGUGUGUGUGUGGCCGGAAGAGUUUAUUAUAUUUUACGUAUGGUUUCGUUUCUUUUAUGUGUAAUUACGUAUGGACUUGAACCGCAAAACGGUGUGCAGGAAACAGGAACACGAAGAACGCACUUGAUACAUACAAACGAUUAGCCCUCGUCCGUUCGAGAUUAUGUGGUUUUGUUUCUAGCUUUUCGUUUGUCCCAUUUUCAUCAAGGUGCGCGCGCAAAGAGCGUUCAACAGCAAAAUUAGUUCAAGCAGCGUAUGUGUAGGGCAACACGGUCUUUCACCGAUUUGUGUAAAUUAAUGAAAAAUAUAUAAUUAUUUUACAUUUAACGAGCCAUGUUUUGCGCAAAACGAAUCAUAAAUCGAUAGUGAUUGUAAAGCGGAGGUUUAUAAAAAUUGUCAUUAGUGUGUGUUUAUUUGUUUUCUUUACUUCCGAAUUUAUGUUUUCCCACGUUGGGUAUGAUUUUUCCCCCUUUUUUUAUUUCAUCGAUUAUCCUUUCUUCGAAGCUUGAUCUACACACAGAUUGCUGCUAGUACUUUUCUACGAAAAACUAUGUAAGCCAUGGCGCCGAUUGUGUUGGACGGACCAUAAAAUAAGGAAAAUUAAAUCGAUGAGAUGAUAAAACUAUACACGUACACAUUAAAUUUAAAUUAAAUGAAUUAAAAUCACUAGCAAAUGCUCUCAAACGCAACAACACGGAGCUAUGCCUACUACUAUGCCCUACCUAGUUAUGACAUGCGGUGGCCAAAGAAUAAUGCUUUUCAAGAUUUGAUUACGCUUGCUUAGAUGUGCUCUGUUGGCAAUGUUUUUCUUUACGCUUCAGCAGACAGCUAGGACAUCAAAUGUGAGUCAGAAAAACACAGAUCGAUUUACUAACAGUGGCCGUAACGGAACGGAACACGAAUUCCGUAUUUCGCAAAGAGAGAAGCUUUUCCACACAAUUCCACCGAACCGAAAUACAAAACCGAACUCUUAGGGACAACAGUAGAAGAGUGGAAGAAAGCAGCGACGCAAUUUGUGCACUGAAUAUUGUAGCUUAAAAUCACGUUUACACAUUUUGGAAACAAAUUUUCUAAGUAGCGCCGAUUGUGAGUAACUUUUAGUAGAACACAGUCGAAACAUACACACUGCCGUUCGGACACACUCCGCGUUUUCUGGGACGUGCAAAAAUCCUGCACGGCGGUGCAGGUAUUGUUUUAACUACCGAUGGCCGGUGGCAAAUGGCUGAGGUUUCAGGGAAACGAUAGGUGGCGCGCAGCCUGAGAGCACCCAUGGACAUGGUCGCGGAUACUCUUUUCCGGCUCAUAUUAUGAAACGCGCGCGUUAGGCGUUCCGUGCGGCGCAUUGUGCCAUUCAUUCGAAAAUUUUGUAGUAGCUCUCAUCUUUCACCAGUUUAGAAAAGACUACAACAGGAACACAAAUAUCUUAGAAGCAGCAUAUGGGUAUUGUUUUCUGCAUGGGUAACACAUAUCAAGCUUCGCCACAUCGAAACCGAUGCACGACGACGACGACGGUGACCAAUCAGUCUGAUAUUUUUCCCGUAGUCCCGUAGCAAUGCUUUCCGGCUACAGUUAGAUAUUGCUGAACUUUUUACAGCACAUGCUUUUGUAGCAUUUCGUAGAGAGUGGUAUGUGUUUGACACGCUCAUAGAUUUUCUGGAUCUUGAGCUAGCUGCGGACACCUUCCAUAUUGGGGUGGGUCUUUUUUAUACGCCUUUUAUUCACACCUUCUUAUUGCUGUACACCGUUCGGCAAUGAGCCCGGUUUUAUGCAGAGUACCUCUACUCGAAGGCGGCCAUCUUUUGUGCUUUUUGCUAUGGCCGGUAUUACGGCUGACCUUUUCAAUCAAACUAAACCGACAACUACACUAAAUGUUACCCGCCUCGCCUCUCUCUCUACUAAACACUUUCCUACCGUAGGUAUUUCGCGCGUUUCGCAAAAAGGGAACAACAUUCGUCGCCGAGGAUAAGCAGAGCAGCCCCACAGUAGGCCACGUGGUUGCGAUAAUAAUGUAAUACAACAGAAAGGGAAUGCGGACACAGAAACGGAAAGUGAGAAGAUGCGAGAUGGUUCAAAAUCAAAAAUAUACUAACAAAAAUCCCAGCAUCAUACUUAAUGAUCAAAACGUAUAAAUAUGUAUAUUCGUAUAAAGUGUACACAAGGGUGUGUCUGUGUGUGUGUGUGCGAAUGAAGAAGCGGUGUCCUUUGUGGCGACACAGAAAGAAUGGAUAUUGUCGGACAUUCUCCCAGAUUAAGACAAUGUUUUGAGACCCGGCAAUAUGUGGAAAACGAUACACAUAUUUAUAUAUUUACCGAACAGUAGGGAAGAUCAUGUCUAUCAGCAAACCAGGUAACUCUCUAGCCCCAUUAGGAGGUUAGGAAUACUCACGGCCAUCGCUCUACUUCUGCGCUACUUCUGAGGCAGCACUUUGCAGAAGAACUGUACCGUUUCAUCCUGUAGCACCUUCUUUUGCACGCUGCCUCAGGUCGGGUGGCGACCACGGAUUGCUGAUGUAAAAAACACCGAAAGUCGGGAAAAGUUUGUAAACUGUAGAAUGUGCUGCGCCGAGGAAUUAUGCGUUAGAACGACCGAGUAGUAGAUGAGAGAGGGAUUGAUGGAACUGCAAAGAAUAUAAUAUACGGUGAAUGUGAUUUAUGCGCAUAUUAAUCUCUCGACCUCACAUGCCGUCAAUGUACCACGAGAACGCGAGACGGCUGAGCCUCUUACUGUAUGAUGGUUGAAGAAAUAAUAA